UACGUUAUCGUCGAUCUGGAUACAGGUGGUUGACGUCGACGGAAUACGAGUAGUAUCGAAAAUUAAACCAUUGCAUUCGUAAGGUUCAGUUUUCUUGUGGUGGGUGGUUUUAUGGAAAAGUAUAUUGCAAGGAUAAUAAUAUAUUAAUAUACUUGAUUUUUUCUACUGAUUCUUUCUGCAACCAUGGCGUACUGUAGGGGAGUUUUGCAUCGCCAAGGGAGCAGAGCUGCUGCAUCUUUUUUGCAAGAAAUACAGAUACGAUGCUUCAAUGUGUCGCCUCUAUCCUCUGCUGCUGUGAAAACAGCUAUGAGCAAAUUUGAUAAAGAUCCUUUACCCUAUGAGAAACUUACAAAUAAUUUAGAAACAGUCAAAAAGAGGCUGAAUAGACCAUUAACUUUGUCUGAAAAAGUUUUAUAUUCCCACAUAGAUGACCCCAAGAGCCAGGAAAUUGAAAGGGGGGUAUCAUACCUACGUCUCAGACCCGAUAGGGUUGCUAUGCAAGAUGCCACCGCUCAAAUGGCUAUGCUGCAAUUCAUUUCGAGUGGCCUUCCCAAAGUGGCAGUACCUAGUACGAUACAUUGUGAUCAUUUGAUUGAAGCACAAAUAGGAGGGGAGAAAGAUCUUAAAAGGGCUAAAGACUUAAACCACGAAGUCUAUACCUUCUUGAGUUCAGCAGGAAAUAAAUAUGGCGUUGGCUUCUGGAAACCGGGAUCUGGUAUUAUCCAUCAAAUUAUUCUGGAAAAUUACGCUUUUCCUGGUCUUCUCAUGAUCGGUACCGACUCCCACACCCCUAAUGGAGGAGGUCUUGGGGGCCUUUGCAUCGGUGUAGGUGGAGCAGACGCUGUAGAUGUAAUGGCUAGUAUACCCUGGGAAUUGAAGUGCCCUAAGGUUAUUGGUGUGAAAUUGACAGGAAAGUUAUCUGGUUGGACUUCACCCAAAGAUAUAAUCCUCAAAGUUGCCGAUAUUUUGACGGUUAAAGGAGGUACUGGUGCUAUUGUCGAAUAUACAGGACCUGGUUGCGAGUCAAUUUCUUGUACUGGAAUGGCUACUAUCUGCAAUAUGGGCGCCGAAAUUGGGGCUACCACUUCAAUUUUCCCAUACAACAAGAGAAUGAGGGACUACCUGAAGGCCACAAAGAGAGAAGGAAUUGCUUCCGAAGCGGACAAGUUCGAAAAAGUUCUUCUAAAUCCAGAUGAAGGUUGCAAAUAUGACCACGUUAUCGAGAUCAAUUUGGACACCCUAGAGCCCCACGUCAAUGGACCGUUCACCCCAGAUCUGGCAAGUCCAAUCAGUAAACUGGGAGAAAACGCCAAGAAGAACGGAUGGCCAAUCGAAAUCAAAGACGGUUUGAUUGGUUCCUGCACGAACAGCUCUUACGAAGACAUGGGCAGGUGCGCUUCUAUCGUCAGAGAAGCCAUGAAGCACGGAGUCAAAUCCAAGAUUCCCUUUUACGUUACCCCCGGAUCCGAACAGAUCAGGGCAACGAUUGAAAGGGACGGUAUAGCUCAGACUCUUAGGGAGUUUGGAGGAACUGUUCUUGCUAACGCCUGCGGACCAUGCAUUGGUCAAUGGGACAGGACAGAUGUGAAGAAGGGCGAAAAGAAUACCAUUGUGACAUCCUACAACAGAAAUUUCACCGGUAGAAACGAUGCUAACCCUGCAACUCAUUGCUUCGUUACUUCCCCAGAAAUGGUAACCGCUCUUAGCAUUGUUGGAAGGUUGGACUUCAAUCCGUUGAAGGACGAACUGAAAGGGAAAGAUGGCAAAUCCUUCAAAUUGAGCGAUCCAUUCGCCGAUGAACUUCCAACAAAAGGAUUCGACCCAGGUCAAGAUACUUACGAAGCACCUCAGGCUGACGGAAGCAAAGUUAAGGUUAAUGUAGAUCCUAAGUCACAGCGUCUGCAACUUUUAGAACCUUUCGAUAAAUGGGAUGGUAAAGAUUUGGAAGAUAUGGUCGUUCUAAUCAAGGUUAAGGGAAAAUGUACGACAGAUCAUAUCUCAGCUGCUGGACCUUGGUUGAAAUACAGGGGGCAUUUGGACAACAUCUCUAACAACAUGUUCAUUGGAGCAACAAACGCAGAAAACGGUGAGAUGAAUAAGAUCAAGAACCAGUUGUCCGGUGAAUGGGGUGCAGUACCAGACGUGGCCCGCCACUACAAAUCGAAAGGUGUAAAAUGGGUAGCCGUUGGAGAUGAAAAUUACGGUGAGGGAAGUUCCAGGGAGCACGCGGCUUUGGAACCUAGACAUUUGGGUGGCCGAGCAAUCAUCACAAAAUCCUUCGCUCGUAUCCAUGAAACCAACCUGAAAAAACAAGGUCUCUUACCUUUGACUUUCAGUAAUCCCAGUGACUACGACAAGAUUCAACCAACGGAUAAAAUCAGCUUGAAAGGCCUGGCCAAUUUGGCUCCGGGAAAACCAGUGGAAUGCGAGGUUAAACACAAGGAUGGAUCGGUGGAUAAAAUUAUGCUGAAUCACAGUUUGAACGAACUCCAAAUUGGGUGGUUCAAGGCGGGAAGUGCUCUUAAUAGGAUGAAGGAACUUGCAGCUUAAAGUUUCAUUUAGGUUUUUAAAUUGUAAUUCUUUUAAUGGAUACCUUUUAAAUAGAGGGUUUUCUAUUUACAAAUCAAUUUUUAACAUUUAUAUGUAUCAUUUUAUGAUAAGAAUGUAAAAAUAAAUUUAAUCUAUGACAGUAUA